AUGAGCCUGUCUUGCUCAACCCUCACGCUCGUCGCCGGCUUUGCCCGACCAACCGCCCCAGGGACCCGGCCUCUCCUCUACGUCGACCCUGUUGAUGAAGAUCUCACGCGCGAGGCAAUCUCGCGCGGCGUGCCGCUGCUCCCUGUCUGGUCGGCUCCCUCGCGAAGGGUGCCUCGCUCUGCGCAGCGGGUCCCCGACAAGGCGCUGCAGCAGCUCGGGUCGAUCCCGGUCGCGCCAAAGAAUGGCGAGGAGGUGGCCUGGGCCUCCAGCCGGCUGCCGGCUGGCACUUGCCUCGGAGGCGUUCUUUGCGGGAGCGAAGCGGGCCUCUCGACCGCAGAGCGCAUGCAGGCAGCGCUGGUGCCUGAGCGAAGUAAUGGCGUUUGCCCGGCACGGCGGGACAAGCUGCUGAUGAACCGCGCGCUCGCGGGACACGGACUGCUGACGGCGGCGACGGCGAGCCCUUCUGACUGGCGCCCGCCGCCUGCUGCGAUCCACCCUCCAGACAGCUCCAAGUUGCAGCCCGCCGCCGAGGCCUUCAUCCGCUCGCUUCGCGGCAACCGAGUCGUGCUCAAGCCGCGGCGAGGCACGGGCGGCUGCGGCGUCGCGCUAGCGUGCGACGAGGCGCACGCUCGGCGCGCCUUCGAAGCGCUGCAGGCGCCCUUCUCUCCGGACGACGAGGUUGCCGCGGCGCCGCUGCUGCAAGAGUACCUUGCGGGCGAGGAGUGGGUCGUCGACACGGCGAGCAGGGACGGGGAGCACAAGGCCGUCGCGCUCUGGCGCUAUUCCAAGGGGCCGGCCAACGGCGCUCCCUUUGUGUACCGGUACGACGAGCUGAUGCCGGCGGCGGGGGAGACGGAGGCGCGGCUGGUCGAGUACGCUCUCGGCGCGCUCGAGGCGGUGGGGUGGCGGUGGGGCCCUUGCCACAUCGAGCUCAAGCAAACCUCGCGCGGGCCGGCCCUCGUGGAGGUCAACGCCGGCCGCUGCAACGGCGUCUCGUUUGCGAGCCUCACCGGGCCUUGCAUCGGGUACACGCAGUACGACGCCGCCUUCGCUUCGCUCGCCGACGACGACACCGCCUGGCGCGCGCUGCCGCCGCUGCCUCCGCCGUCGCUGCGCUCGAGCGCGCGGCUCGUCUGCCUGACAACUGACCUGCCGAGCGCCGCCGGCUAUGUGCUGCUCCGGCACGCAAACCACAGCCAAGUGGAGGAGGACUGCCGCACGAUAGAAGAGCUGCAGCCGGGUCUAAUGUUGGUCGAAUGA